UUAUUACUUUAUUGUGCUACUAGAACAAUGGAAGAAAAUGUCUUUAAAUAUCCGUACUUAUACAGAGAGUUGGAAGGUCACAACAAUAACAUUACAGCGUUAAGCUUCCAUCCGAUACAAACCAAUAAAUUGGUAUCGAGUAGCCUGGAUAGAACAUUAGGAUUAUGGAGAACGGAUAAGCCAAAGGGUAAAAGAUUUGAAGUCUAUAAAGCCGAUAUAUUGGACGUAUGCUAUUCACCAGAUGGUGGUCUUAUAGCUAGCGCUUCCAAAGAUAAAUGUAUCAAAAUUUGGGAUUCUGCAAAUAAUGUAAAUUUCACAUAUAAAGGACAUGAUUCUGCUGUGAGAUCGGUACAAUUUAAUCCAGAGGGAGAUAGGUUUGUUUCCGCGUCAAAUGACAAAAAUAUAAUACUAUGGAUACUACAUCGUGAAAAAUACUUCGAGACGUUUAAAGGACAUACAAAUUGGGUCAGAUGUGCUAAAUUUUCUCAAAAUGGUAAACUUUUGGCAUCGUGUAGCGAUGAUAAAACAAUAAAAAUAUGGGACAUUACCAGCGGACAAUGCGUCAAAACUUUUUAAAAUUGUUCUAUAUUAGUUCCCACUAGAUACGUAGAGUUUCAUCCAACAGAUACAGUUGUUGGAUCAGCAAAUGCGGAUGGGUCUAUUAAAUUGUAUGAUCUAAGAACAGAUUUGUUUUAUCAUCAGUCCACUGUUCAUAUCGCAAAUGUAAAUAUGAUUAAAUUUCAUCCAAAUGGAAAUUUCAUGUUAACAGCUUCUGAUGAUUUUACAACGAAGGUACUUUUAACUGAAACUUUGUUAAAUGGUUGUCCAAUUAGUACUUUCAAGGAACAUUACGCUGAGGUAACAAGCAUAACAUUUUCAAAUGAUGGUAAAUUUUUUGCUUCCGGUGGCACGGAUCAACGAAUUCUAAUAUGGAAGUGUAAUGAUUUAUUUGUGGAUGAUCAAAGUAUAGAGAUUCCUAUACAGUUAAUGUCUUCUACAACAGCAAGUACAAGCUUGAUGAGUGAUAUCAAACAAGAGUUUAACGGGGAUGAAACAUUAAACAAGGACGAACAUGAAGAUGUAUUUGAGAAGCAGGACCAAAAAAACGAUUUAUUAAACGAAUCACAAAAAUCGCUCUCAGAUUCAAACAACAGUGCGGAAUUAAGAUUCGAACUUGAAAAAUUAAACUUAACAGACGUUGAAUCUUCUCAAGGAGAUCAUGCAAAAAACGUGCUUGCAUUCCCACAGCAGUCCCAUAGUUCGAAACAGUCCCAAACAGACUCAGAAAAUCAGAUAUCUUUCAAAACAUUUUCAAUUAAUCAGUCUAUUGAAAUGAUAGAUCUAAUCCAAAUUUUUAAUCAAAUACAACUUUUACAUCACAAUUAUGAUGUAUUAGUACAACGCUUGGAGACGUUAGAAGAAUUAUUUAAGAAGAAUGUUAGAAAAGCUCCUUCAGCUUUUGAUCAUUAA